AUGGGAGCCCAGCACCCCUCUUCAGGCAGCAUGGUCUGUGCCGACGAUAGCGUUGAAGUCACCAAGGACAAUCAACAUAUGGGCUUUCGGCACCCUAGCCGGGAGGACGUGCUGGUCUUCUUAGAAUUUACCAUUCGAUUCGUCAGAGAUGAUCGUGAUAGGGGGGGAGGGGGCGUAGGAGCUGAUGGUGGUGGCGAAAGUGGGUCCCUGAAGAGGCAUGUGCGGGCCCAUCAGGUGAUCACCGAUGCCCUGUGGCAGACAGGAAAGUUGUCCCACGAUGCCGUUCGGGGUGGCAAAGGCGAUGCCCGCGUCCCGUCACCCUGCCCUGGGGCGACCGCACCAGAAGAAGAAAAAGGUGUAGCCGGUGCCUACCUCUUCUAG